AUGCUCAAUGAUCAUGAACUCUCAAAACGAGGACACGACUCCUAUCUGAUUCGCUCUCGAGUCUCUGUUGUCAACGAAAACGCGAACCUCGCCCCUACAUCUCAAUCUCGACAAUCCGAGAUUGACUAUGCUCAAUUGAAGAAAGAUGCCCCGGGCAUAGUUGCUGCCGCGGCUCACGCGGCAGUUCCUAGCUGGACAAGCAUGGUUCUAAUGGUCUCUCUCAUCUUCGGGGGCUGCUGUGCCAAUGUCUUUGCGCUAGAGGCGAUUAUCAAGGAACAGCCUACUGCCGGUCCCUUGAUUACAUUCGCCCAAUUCGCUGUAUGCGCACUAUUCACCAUUCCGAGCUUCCUGUCACCAUCAGCCGGGCCACGGGCCCUAUUCUUGAACCCGCGCGCGAUCCCACUACGCUCAUGGGUGGUAUACACUGCCUAUUUUGUGAGCGUCAACAUGUUGAACAACUGGGCCUUCGCCUACAAGAUCUCCGUCCCACUACACAUAAUCCUCCGAUCCGCAGGCCCUGUCGCCUCAAUGGUAAUCGGCUACAUAUACAAUGGCAAGCGCUAUUCCCGUGGCCAGAUUGCCUCGGUAGGUAUGUUGACAGUAGGCGUGGCGGCAGCCGCCAUGGCCGAUGCGCAAUCCAAAGGCGUGUCUAUCCACGCCGACUCGGAUGCAGUGGACACAAUGACGACUGUGACAGGCUUUACAAUCCUCGCACUGGCGAUGGUCCUCUCUGCAUUCCAGGGAAUCUAUGCCGAUCGGUUGUACGCAACUUACGGUAGGGAUCAUUGGAAAGAGGCGCUUUUCUAUUCGCAUGCUCUGUCUCUACCGCUUUUCUUGAUGAGUUGCCCGCAGCUGCUGGAUCAAUGGCGGGUAGUGUCUUCAUCACCUUCUUUGCUAUCGCAUUUAGAUUCCGGGCUGUGGGUGUCAUCAGGACCGAUUGGGGGCACUGCUUUCUCCGUGCUGACGCAGAUCUGCGAGAUUGGGGUUAUGAAGACUUUACUGGCCCAUCUUCCGGUUCAGGUCGCUUAUCUGGCAAUGAAUGCACUGACACAAUACCUGUGUAUCCGGGGAGUUCAUCUUUUGUCGGCGAAGUCGUCAUCAUUGACUGUUACUAUUUUCUUGAAUGUCCGCAAGUUGGUUUCACUGCUCCUCUCAAUCUAUCUCUUUGGGAAUCAUUUGGCGGGAGGUGUCUUGGUCGGUGCGGCUCUGGUAUUUGUCGGGGGUGGUUUAUAUGGCUUUGAGGGUGCACGACUACGGAGCGCCAGAAAGAAGACUCAAUGA